CGUGGACGUGAACGCACGCUCACGCGUCAACCAGGGAGUUUCCGCCGCUCCGCUUUCGCCAUGGACUCCAGAAGUGCUGAUCGGCAGCCUCUGCUUGUACUGUAUGUACAUAGUGUAUGGACUCUGCGUAUAUAUAGGUAGCGACGACACCUGGACGUAUUGCUCAGUGAACUUCCCCACCUUCAGGGUUCACAAUCGACCGUCCACAGGCAUCCACAGCAUCUCCCAACGUCACGAUGCCCAAACCCAUCCCAACGCCCACCCGCACCCACCCGGCCCUAACGCACCGCUUCAGCAUCCCCAACCGGCUCUUUCAAUCCAUCUACUCUAUCAGCAUCUUCCGCGCGGUCAUCAAUCUCACCCUCGUGCCCGUCUUCAGUUUUCGGACAUUGCUGGGCGGGCUUGCGUUGGGUGUACGAGAUGUGAUUCUGGGCAAGCCGGAGGUGGGGAGGGAGGUGCAGGGGGUUGGGAUGAGGGAGUUGUGUGAAGAUGAGAGCUAUGGCAAACACGAACUAGCAACCGUAAACAACGUCACCCUCCACUACGUCACAAAAGGCACCGGCCCCCUCCUCCUCUUCCUCCACGGCUUCCCCGAAUGCUGGUACAUGUGGACCCCCCUCCUCUCCCACUUCACUGCCACCCACACCUGCGUCGCCCUCGACAUGCGCGGCUACGGCCUCUCCGACAAACCCGCGGGUAUCUCCCCCUACCACAUCACAGAACUCGUCACAGACGUCCGGGAAUUGGUCAAACACCUCGGCCACGACAAAUUCCAUCUCGUCGCGCACGAUUGGGGCGGCGCAAUCGCAUGGGAAUACGCGCACAUCCACCCGGACACGCUCUCCUCACUCACGAUCCUCAACGCCCCGCAUUUCAGAACCUUCAACGCCAACAUGACACCCCACCAGUUGUGGAUGUCCUGGUACAUGUUCCUCCACCAGAUCCCUGCGAUCCCGGAAUGGCUGUACACGCGCGACGGCGGGGACCGGUUCUUUGACGGGGCGUUUGAGGGCGUGCAGACGGAGCGGGUGGGGGAGAACAAGGUGGUUUACCGCGCGGCGUUGAUGGUGCCCGGGGCGAUGCGCGCGGCGGUUACUUAUUACAGAGCGAUCUAUGCGGCGAGGGGGCGAGACUUGAAGUGGAGGGAGGUCGUGGAGGUGCCGACGUUGGUGGUUUGGGGGGAGAAGGAUCCGGCGUUGGAUAUGGAGGUGAAUCUAGCAGGCCUGCAGAACCGCUUCCCCAACAUCGAAGUGGCAUCUAUCCCCGGCUGCGGCCAUUUCGUAGUCGAUGAGCAGCCCGAGAUCGUCACGGCGUUGUUGGACGAGCAUUUGAAGAAGAAUGGGGGGAAGUAGUUGUAGGAUGAGAUCAGUAGUACAAUCUAAUAUAGUAUAGGUGAAACACAUCAAGAUAUGGAACACAUGGCGGAGUAAGGUGGGA